AUGAGUCAUUCGCGGCCGUUAUCCAGACCUCCACAUUCUGGCAUCCCGCUCAGCUCCGUCCCUCAAGACAAUUCCCCGAGGACGGCGUUGUCGACGGGGUCUUCACCAUGGUUUAAUUUUUCUCACGACUUUCAACAACAUUCUUUUUCUUCGUUACAAUCUCCUUCAGGAUGUCUUCCCACGACAAUCUCACCUACUCAAUCCUUUGAUACCUGUGAUACCUUUGCGCAAGGGUCGGAUCUCUGGACAGAACCCGACUUGUCCUUUGCCGAUACCGACUGGAAUUUCCUAUCUCCCGACAAUGUCACGCCUUAUCUCGGGGCUCCACGAGAGACCUCUGUCAAAAUGUCUUUCACGGACCCAGGCUUCGACGUGGCUUCGGCCUUCGCUUCCCUUUCAGACUUGGGUUCCUUCGAGUAUCAGUAUCAAAAUGCUUCCUCGGUCGCUCUUAGCUCUGAGAAUUCCCAAGACGGGCGUUCUCAACCUUCACCUACAUCUUUAUACUCAGCUUCUGCUGAAACAUCUCAGUCUAGUCCUGCGGUCUCGCAGGUUGAUGUCGUCUUAAGUCGUGUUGAGUCCUCUCGCGUGGAAAAGCGCAAACUCAACACGCUUGCGGCUCGGAGAUGUCGACAGCGGCGUGUGGAUCAGAUGAAGAAUCUGGAAGAAGAGCUAGAACGUAUCCGAAAAGAGCGUGAUGAUCUGAAACUCAAGGUCUCGAAACUGGAAGGGGAAACGGAGGUUCUCAAGACACUUCUCUCUCGAAAGAGCAAGUGA